CACCCCGCCGACCCCUCGACGGAAUCGCCUCGAGAAAGCCCUCGUUCUUCCUUUGCUCGCCCUUUCCGCUCCUCUUUCUCCUUCGGCAAGCCCCUCAAUUUCUCCGUUUCCAAUCUCUCUAUCGCCGCCGCCGCCGCUUCAAAACCCUUGACCGUCAUCGCCUCCUCCAAGAAGGCCGUUGCCGUACUCAAGGGGAACUCCGAGGUCGAGGGCGUCGUCACUCUCCUUCAAGAAGACGAUGUCAUUGGAAGAGCAUUUGUAGUUCAUGAGCUGGAGGAUGACCUGGGUAAAGGUGAGCUUUGUGUUCCUAAGUUUUUAUUUUCUGAAGAUCAAAAGAUUGCUGCAUUAAAGAGAGCAGAGGAAUUUCAGAGAGAUUUAACGUCCCACUAUCCUUCAUUCAUUAAGCCUAUGGUUCGAUCACAUGUAUCUGGUGGUUUUUGGCUUGGACUUCCGACAAAGUUUUGCAAAGAAAACUUUUCUCCUAAUGAGCUGAGAGUGAUUCUAGAAGAUAAGAAGGGUAAGGAACAUGAUGUCCUGUACCUUGGGAGGAAGAAUGGUCUUAGUGGUGGAUGGAGAGGCUUUGCAAUAGAUCAUAAUUUAGAAGAUAGGGAUGUCUUAGUAUUUGAACUAAGCGAGCCGACAAGAUUUAAGGUACGCAUUAUAAAGGCGAUUGAGGGAGAAUCACCUAAAACCGACAAACUUGCAGAUUGUGCCGCUGCACUUUCCAAGACUAAAGGAUCGAGUGGAACGAAGGAGGAAAUUCAGGCAGUUUCGAAGAAACGAUCCCUCAAAACUGGCUCCGCGAAGGAAGCGCUAAAGGCAACAAAACGCGGACGUAGAUAGAGUAGUACCUCAGCGUGUUUGCUUAUGGUCUGGCCGUUUUUUUAUUAUCUUUUUUGUGGUCUGAUCAGUUCUAGUAUUGAAAACUGGUAAGCAUCCAUGCAGCAGGAAGUGCUUAUAUAGUGAAAAGGAUGUUGACAGGUAA